UGACUGAUCAAGAUCAGAUUUCUUCGUGGAAAAAUACUUUAAAUAACUUCCUCUUCAAUUUAAGGAAGAAAAAGAUCUAACAAAUACUUGUCUGUUAUAACGUUAUGUUUCAAAUUUUGGAUUUAGAAUAGACUUACUGCCUUGGUGACAAAAAAUGGGCGAUAAGGUGGUUAUGGUGUGCAUGGUGAGCUGCGUCCUUUUCCCGCCAUUUCUCUUGCAGACUAUUGGUCUAUUCUCACCAAACUGGGUCAAUACUUCAGACUGCAGCAGCAUAGGCUUGGUAUAUAGUUGCUGUUCCGGGGACAACAAUGACACGUGCAAAAAUACAAAUGGCAUUGACGAAUUAGAUGCAAGAGCGCUUGGACUUGAAGUUACAUCAUUUGUUGUAAUGUUCUUGGCUGUAUUUGGAACUUGCUUUGACGCAAUUAUCAAAGAUGAAUUUGACGAUGUGGGGUGUUGUGGUGCCGUUGGAUGGUGCUGUGUGGUCAUGCUACCGGUGGCAGCAUUGUUCAGUUUCAUCGGAUGCAUGAUCAUUGCCGCAAGUUAUUCCACAUCUGAGCUUGGUUGGUCCUUUAUUCUUUGCCUUACCCCCGGCUGCCUGAUCCUGUUUAUCAUUGUGACCGCUGGUCUCUGUUAUUGUGUAAACAAGACUGUCAAGAAAUGCAACGAAGAACAUGUUAUACAUGUUGUCUCUCAACCACGGGUCUCUCAGAUUGGUGGUGAACGGCUGGCCAGUCAACCUAGUCGACGGGUCAAAAAACGUAAAAGGCCGACAAACGUUAGUGCCUUGGCCAAUGCACAGUUUGAACAGAGAUCCCAUCCAAGGGUAUCUCCGAUUGGUGAUGGUAAACAGCUGGCCAGUCAACCUAAUCGACCGGUCAAAAAACGGAGAAUGCCUACCAAAGUUAGUACCUUGGCCAAGGCACAGUUUGAACAGAGAUCAGAUAUCCAUGAUUCACAACAAAAGGGGUUUUCCAGUGAUGACACGUGGAACGAUUAUAAUGUAGAUACCUCUUCAAACAACAUGGUUUCGCAUGAAGAUGGUAGACGUUUUACACCCCAUGGCGAAGUUGACAACAGGGUACAGCAGAGACCAUUCGGUGGUAUGGUUCCGACUGUAACUGAUGGGCAUGUUUCUCCAUAUGGUGAAGUUGGUGGCAGAGCCGGGGCACAAGGGACUUUAAAUGACUCAAAACCACAAGCAUCUUCCGGUGCAUUGGUUCCGUAUAAGAAAGGUGGACGUGUUGCUACACAUGACCAGGUUAGAGGCAUGCGCGGGGUACAGCAAAGAGCAUUUUAUGACACAGAACAAAACAUAGCAUCCGAUGAAAUUGUUUCGUAUCAGGAUAUUGGAGAUGACGCUACUUAUGGCGAAGUUGGAAACAUGAACAGGGCACAGCGUAGAGCACUGGUGCAUGGCUCUCAACGACACGCCUCUUCCAGUGGGGUUGUUUCUAAUGAGAACAAUAGAAUUGUGCCUUCCGGUGGAGGUGUCGUGCAUAUGGAAGCACAGAUGGAACAGGAAGAAGUAUAUGCUCAUGAAUCAGAAAGUGGGCAUAUUUUCUUUGUGAUGAAAAAGUAUACGAUCGAGCGUUUCAUUCAUAUAUUUAAAGAUAAAUAACUUUAAGAUAUUCAACAGACCAUCUAUCAAAUGUGAUAAAGAAUUAUUAUUUUUUAUGUAUUUUCAAAUGAUAUUUGUUUUAUAAAAACACAUAAUUAUGGUGCACAGCUGAUAUAUUCUUUCCAGUUUGUCAUUGUGCUAUUCUUGCACAGAAAUCACGUGGAAUUAGUAGUCGGUCUCAUAGAGUAUAUAGUAAGUUAUUCAGGAUUGUCGAGUACGUGGAUCGACCGUCUAGAUAUGACCAAACAGAGUAAUGAUAAACAGAAUAAUUAUAAACAAACGAAAAACAAAUUAUCAAACAAUUACAAAAAGGGAAAAUAUAUAGAGAUAAAUAGAUUGAUAAAAUGGAAAAGAUAUAUCACUAAAGAUUACAUAAAAGUACAUUUUGUAUUUGAAAUGUCAUCAAUGCAACAAAAGAAGCAAGUGAAUUGCCUGAAAAAUCCACUUCAAAAAACAAUUUCUUGCUCAAAAUAAAUAGGUGGGUGUGUGUUCUUAAUUAUUUCGCACAUCGCUACCACGUUCAUUUCUAAAAUUCGUCAACUAGUAAAUUCUCUUCCUUCUACCAUGGAAUGAAACGUGCUUCAAAGGGUAUAGGUGUUAUAGUGGUAAAGGCGACUGGCUUAUUAUAUUUACCUGGUUUCGCUUGGAUGGCUAUUAAGGUAGUAGAAAUAUUUUCCAUAAAGCAAAGAAUAGCCAACUGUUUAUGAUAAUUAUAAACUGAAAACCAUCGAGAACGAGUCAUAUUUGUGCUAGUGGCUCAAGUCAAAUAUGAUAAACAAGAUCAACAAGGAAAGGCGGCGUUCAAUGAACGCAACCCCCACAUGACCCAGCAACAAGAACCAAUGGCAAGGAGCCCAGGCGGACACCAAACACAAAAAGGACAGGGCAAAGACAGGUCAAUCAUCAAAUGACAAACAAUUUGUAACUGAUUAGGAACCCAAAGAAAAUAAUAACAGUAGACCCACAAAGGGGAAGGGGACAUGAGAACGGGGGAGGGGGG